AUGUCAAUUCUUUAUUAUACAUUUAAUAAUACAGUUUUUUCUAAUUUUGCAUUUUAUUCAACAGCAUCAGUUGUUAAAAUGAUGGGCAUGUCUCUAUUAACAGCUGCUAAACGAUUAUCUAAAGAUGUUUUUGCUAAUCCUGAAGAUCUUGUAUUAGCAAAAAAUAAAUCAGCUGUUGUUACAAUAAAUGAUGAUGUUGAACGUGUUCGUCGUAAUCAUUUAAAUGAUAUUGAAAAUAUUAUACCAUUUGUACUUGUUGGAGUAUUUUAUGUUACUACAAAUCCUGAUCGUAAUGUUGCUCUUUGGCAUUUUCGAAUCUUUUUUAUUUCACGUUUAUUACAUACACUUACAUAUCAAUUAGCUUUACCACAACCAAGUCGAUUUAUUGCUUGUCUUGUUGGAUAUCUUACAACACUUUCAAUGGCUACACGUGUUCUUCUUACUGCUCAUCCAUAA